ACGCAGGCGUAUAAUUGCAUACAUGGAAACUCAGGUAUACAUGUACUAAGCAGAGCAGGGAUGAGCUCGCGAUCAGCUGAUCGACACAAUGUGUUGACCAGUGUUGACUCAUUGACUAUUGAGAAGAAGGCGUGUCAUUAAGCGGAGUAGUGAACGAUGUAGUCGUAGAAUGCCAGCUGUACGUAAAUAUAAGAAAUUGGCCAGUCAAGAGCUCGCGCUCUCAAUCUCUCGAGCAGACUGGAGUGGACAGACUGGAUCAAGGGAAAAAUCAUGUCAUACUCUAUCAAUAGAAGACCCUUAUUGGGAGGUGCGACUGACAGCGAAUUUGAGGAUGAUUUGGAGACUGAAGUGGAUGAUCCUAACAUCACAAUUCCAGACGAGAAACCAUUUUUUAAAUCAUAUGAGCCACAUGACAAAUAUAAUCUUGCGUACAUUGUGUUUUACUUACUUGGUAUAAAUACAUUAAUACCAUGGAGUUUUUUUAUCACUGCUGACGACUACUGGAUGUAUAAAUUUAGAGAAAUUCAUAAUAAUUCGACAAAUCUUACUCAUACGUAUGCAGAACUACUCGAACAGAAGACGGAUCUUCAAGCUAGUUUUACUUCUUAUUUAAGUGUAGCCAGUGCAAUACCAAAUACUCUGUUUUUAAUACUGAAUGCAUUUAUUAGCAAGAAAGUCUCUCUAACUAUAAGAAUGGUGGGUUCUCAAUGUGUAAUAUUGUUGCUCUUCAUCUUGACGACUGCAUUUGUGGAAAUGAAUACUGAUAAAUGGCAAAAUGCAUUUCUGAUAAUUACUUUGACAACAGUUGCGCUUGUAAAUGCUGCGAGUGCAAUUUUUGGAGGAAGUUUAAUGGGUAUAGUGGGCAAGUUUUCGCCAAAAUACAUAACCGCUAUGUCCGGUGGGCAAGCUCUUGGUGGAAUAUUCACGGCUCUAGCGGAAGUAUGUUCCUUAUGGAUAGGUGCCAGUCCAGUACUUUCUGGCUUAGUAUACUUCAUUAUCGGCGAUACCAUGUUAUUAUUAUCGUUAAUCGCAUACAUCCUUUUAGAGAAAGCGCCAUUCUUCAAGCAUCAUAUGAUAGAAAAAGUACCUGAAUUAGAUUCAGAUUAUUCCAUAAAUAGAGAGGUUAGCUUCUCGACAAAUCCGAGCGUGUCUUACACACGGAUUAUAAAGAGAAUCUGGCAUUACGGCAUUAGCAUAUUUUUAAUAUUCUUCAUAUCACUAGCUGUGUAUCCAGCCGUCACUGUGCUAGUAGAGAGUGAAUACAAAGGCAAAGGUCAUGCAUGGAACGACAUAUAUUUUGUACCUGUGGUUACGUACCUUAUCUUCAGUACAGGCGAUUAUGCAGGAAGAGUAUUAUGUGGUAUUCUUCAAUGGCCAAGAGGCAAGCCAUGGCUCGUAAUAUUUUUGAGCGUCGCUAGAGGUAUUUUUAUACCUGCACUUAUGUUUUGCAAUGCGCAACCGAGGCAUCAUCUACCCGUUUAUAUUCACAGUGAUAUAUAUUAUAUCUUGAUAACUAUUGCAUUUGCCGUAACUAAUGGCUAUCUCUGUAAUUUAACAUUCAUUCUCGCGCCCACAAUCGUAGAUAAUCAGGAAAAAGAAAUUGCGUCUGCAAUGAUGGGUGCUUUCUUGGGUAUAGGAUUAGCAUCUGGCGCUGCGCUCAGUUUAUACAUGGUGAAGGCUCUUUAAUGUUCGAUUCUUUUAACUGAAGAGAAAUGUAAAUAAGAUACAUCUCACUGCCCUUUGUACAUUCGAAAUCAAGUAAAAUCUCGAGAUUAUUUUAUGAUUAUGAGAUUUUAAGCAUUAGUAUAAAUCAAUUCUCAAUCAUCAUCUCAUUGAAUCACAUUGCUGCUAAUUUACGAGAAUUCUUUUUUCUAUGAAGAAUUUUCUUGGGGCAGCUUUCUGGGGUUUUACUAAAGAUCUGAAUAAAGAUCACAUAUAAUUUUUAUAUGAUUUUUAUGUUUUUAUGUGUGUGACUAGUUUUAAAUUAUCUAUUUAAUACAAUUGCAUGGCGCAAUUUCGUAUUUGACUGUUCAAGACAUAAUAAUUGACGAGGUGUCAAAUUACUAGAGAUAGACAAUGUUGAUAUUAUAUAUAAAUUUCAUCAUUUCUACAGAUUUAUAUAUAAUUUAUGUGAUACAUUUAUUAUAUAUAUCUUAGGAUAAAAUGAAUGUAAUUCUACAAAUGUUACGUGUAUAUAUGACAUCAAAAAGAAACAAAUAGGUAUAAUACAAAGUAUUUGAGAUUCUAUCAUUGUAGAUUAUAUUGAAGAGAUUAUGCAUACAUUUAAAUAUAGUAUCUGCAAUUUAAAAAGAAGUACAGAUAGUAAUUGAUGCGACAAAUGAAAAAGAGAUAUUAAUGUGUAUUAGAUAUAAUAAUAGUCUCAUUACGUACAAAUAUGAUCAAUUUUAUGUUAAUAAAUAAAAUGCUUAAUGAUA